UUUCUGUUCAUUGUUUCCUUCUCAGAUGGAGGGAAAGUAUGCGGUAGACGAGAAAUCGUCAAAAUCAGCUUCGACGAUUCCAAAACGAGCUUCUAUUAAAUCCCAAUCCGAUUUCGAUUACUCUACCAGGAAGCAGAAGCUCAGAGAAAGUUGCAUUAAACGAGUUAGAGAAGAGAGGACCCGUCUGCUGUGGAAACUGAGGCAAUCUGGUUGUCAAUCUUCAGAUCAAAAUGAGAUUAUCAGUUCUGCUUUCCAGGACAUUGUUUCUGAUGAAUUAAAAAAGAUCGAGUAUUCGUCCAGAAAUCCGACUGUAACUCCUGACUCCGAUGAUAUACUAUGGGAAUAUGAAGGUCCAAAAGAUGCUCAUGAAUGUGAAAGUGAAGAGAUAUUGCUAGAAAUGCAGCAGAUGUUUUACAAGGAUUUGAUAUCAGACACUACGAUAAAUGGAUCAUAUGUUCAGAUUGAAACAUGGGAAGACGAGGAAGAUGAUUAUUUGGCUAACUUAGUUUCUCAGCAUAUGCUAUUAAACAGUGAACCGGAGAAAAACCAGAUAUGGUGUCCAAUAUGCAAGCAAGGAGAGCUUAUGGAGAAUCACCGACAUAUCUAUUGCAACAUGUGUGAAUUGCAGCUGAACAGAGGCGAAGAGGUUAACCUGAACAUUCUGCAUGAACGUUUAGCGGAGGCGCACGCUGAACAUCUCGAGAGAGGAUGUAGGUUGAAACCCGAGUUCAGUGUGCAGAGUCUCUAUAAUUUGAAGGCCUUGUACAUAACAUGCGAAGCUUGUAGUACCUUUGAGGUCGUUGUAUAAGAUUAAAGUCUAACUUAAAGAAGGAUACACAUCGUUUUUCCUGUAUACAACUCUGGAGAUCAUUAGGUUAGGCGUGGUGGAAUCUUUGACAAGCAAUUAACACACAAACUCAUCUCUCCUACAUGUAUGAUGGACAGAAUUCAUUAAUUCAUCGUUUAUUGUGUUGUUAUGUGUCUCAUAAGUUGUGUUACUAAUUUGUUUAUAAAUUAUAAGUAUGUAUUUUUGCACUAUGAUAAAUUUAACUCUAA